AUGCACUUUAUGUGGCAUAGUGGUGAAUGGAUUGGUUUAUACUACGACUCUUUACCUUUCGACCGGGUGUUACUUGAAAAUUCAGUCCUUGUACAGCCCAAGCAUAGUGACUACCAGGCGGCAAUGUCAGAGCGCCGAGCGAAUUGCUCGAUAUCACUUGCAGCAUCACAGAUGCAAUUUCCAUACAACAAAUCAAGAUAG